CACGUCUCUGGGUCCGACAGCGCAUGUGCUGUGUGUUCAAAUGAUUGGUGUGCAAACAGUCGAACAGUGUAUUUUCUUGUCUUAGAAAGCGGGUAAAUUACCACAAUGUCCAUUCAAGCGUCAAACCCAAACAACCCGAUCGUCUUCUUCGACAUUACCAUUGGAGGGCAGGAUGUUGGACGGAUGAAGUUUGAGCUUUUUGCUGAUGUGGUUCCAAAGACAGCUGAGAACUUCCGGCAGUUCUGCACUGGAGAGUUCAGGAAGGAUGGCGUUCCUAUUGGGUACAAAGGUUGCACAUUCCACAGGGUGAUCAAAGACUUCAUGAUACAAGGAGGAGACUUUGUAAAUGGUGAUGGAACAGGUAUCUGCAGCAUCUACAGAGGUCCAUUUGCAGAUGAAAACUUCAGAAUAAAGCAUUCAGCAGCUGGUCUUCUUUCCAUGGCAAACAGUGGUCCAGGAACAAAUGGUUGCCAGUUUUUCAUUACCUGCACUAAAUGUGACUGGCUCGAUGGGAAACAUGUUGUUUUUGGAAAACUGGUUGAUGGUUUGCUGGUUAUGAGAAAAAUUGAGAAUGUCCCAACAGGGCCCAACAACAAGCCUAAACUCCCCAUCGUUAUUGCACAAUGUGGAGAGAUGUGAGCCCACAUGUGCUAAACACCAUGUGAAAAUGACACAGGCUCUUUAUACAUUUGAUGUCUUAAUUGUAAUUUGUUACUAUUCAGAAAACAUCAACACACUGAUUCCUGCAAUGGCUCAUAGUGGACACUGAAGGACUUUGUUUUAACUGCUGCAUCAACACCCAGAUUAUUCACAGUCGAGUUCAUUCUGAUUAUUUAUAGUCGGGUUUUGGUACUGACAGGAUCAAUUAUUUUGUUUGAAAACUGGUUUGAAAUUUGAUCGGUUCACUGCUUUUGUUCUGUUGAGUACAAAUUAAAAACAUUUGUGCAACAUUUUUUUUUAA